AUGGACGAAUGGAAGAAAAAACUUCCUUUAGUUUUAUUCACGUCGGCUUUAUUAAGCUCCGUUGCAACUUUGGAAAUUAUUCCGGCUGUUGUAAUGUCAUUAGAAAGAGAGCGUGAACGAAGGCAACGGUUGACAACUAUGACAGCCAUUUUGGGCAUGCAAACAAAAAAAUUCAGCUUGCUUUUACACUCCAUUAAAAGAGGGAAGCGAAAAGGAAGAAGGCGAAGGUUCUGGGUGAGACCAAGAAGGAGCUCCGAAUGGUGGACGAAUUUCAUGAAUGGUUUUGUUGUUGAGGAAGAAUGGCGAGAAAAUUUUCGAAUGUCGAAAAUGGCUUUUACCAAAUUAUGCAAUUUACUUCAGCCGUUUCUCGAGAAAAAAGUUACUAAUAUGCGCGUACCUAUAUCGGUUGAAAAGCAACUGGCAAUAACACUCUAUUACUUGUCGGACGAGGGUAGAUAUCGUAAAGUGGCAAAUGCCUUUGGUGUAUCGAGAUCAUCAGUCUCACUAAUCGUUCGACGAUGCAUGGGUGCAAUAGAUGGUACGCAUAUUUUCAUUAAACGCCCCAGUACCUCACCAACAGAUUACCUUAACAGAAAGAACAGGUAUUCUCUUAAUGUUCAAGCUGUUUGUGACUUUAAAUAUCGUUUCAUGUAUUUGGUCAUUAAAUGGCCGGGUAGAGUACAUGAUGCACGGAUAUUUUCUAAUUCCAACAUUAACCGUAAGUUUCGUGAAAAUGAGAGUUUUAAAUGUCAAAAACAAAUUGUUGAUGAUGAGAUGCCAGUCCCUGUGUGUAUACUGGGUGACCCCGCUUAUCCUCUCCUUCCAUUUCUUAUGAAAGAGUUCCCAGGUGGUGGCAACAGUUUGCAACAACAAUAUUUUGGGUGGCGCCUUUCUUCAGCGAGAAUGGUCAUAGAAUGUGCAUUUGGAAGACUGAAAGGCAGGUUUGGAAUAUUAAAGCGUGAAAUGGAUAUCAACACUGAAGAUCUACCAUAUGUCAUUUAUGCAUGCUUUGUUCUCCACAACUAUUGUGAAGAAGAAAAGCAGGUUGUUGCUGAAGAAGAAAUAAGCAAAGCAAUGGAAUGUAAAAAACAAUUCCAACCACCCAUUCUGGGAAACAGAUACACCCUUGGUAAUAAUGAUGAACAAAGUGGGAAAAUAAUUAGAGACAUUUUUGUAAAAUUUUUUGAUUGA